AUGAAGUCUCUCUUAACUUUGGGUGCAGUCCUCCUCGGACUCUACAGCUCACUUGUCAACGCGGCAGCUAUUCCCGCUGAACAUGUCAAGCUUGCUCCAUUCACGCCGAAACGGGAUGUUCCUGAAGAGGCCCAGUCGUCAACUUCGUGUGUGAACGGUCCAAACACCAGGAACUGUUGGUCUCCUGGCUUCACUUCUUCUACCGACAUGUACACUUCCUGGCCUAACACAGGAGUUGUGCGUGCAUAUAACCUUCGAAUCGAGAACACCACUUGCAAUCCGGAUGGCGCUGGCUCUAGAGUCUGUAUGCUGAUCAAUGGUCGAAUUCCGGGGCCAACAAUCGUUGCUAACUGGGGUGAUACAAUCAGAGUUACCGUCCGCAACCUGCUUCAACACAACGGCACAUCCAUUCAUUGGCAUGGUUUCCGCAUGCUAAACAAGAACAUCCAGGAUGGUACUAAUGGAAUUACGGAAUGUGCUCUCGCUCCUGGCGACAUCAAGACCUACGAGUUUCAAGCUACUGAGUAUGGUACAAGCUGGUAUCAUAGCCACUUUUCGCAUCAAUACGGAGACGGCGUCGUUGGCACUGUUCAAGUGAACGGCCCCGCUACCGCAAACUACGACGAAGACCUCGGAGUCAUGCCUAUGACGGAUUGGUACUAUAUCACAGCGUAUCAAGCGGCUGCACGUGCAUUCCAGAACGGACAGGCUGGCCUUGGUCCCCCGGUUGCCGAUAACAUCCUGAUCAAUGGCACCUCCAAAAACGCAGCUGGUGGCGGCACGUAUAACAAGGUGACUAUCCAAGCGGGAAAGAGAUAUCGGCUACGCCUUAUCAACACCUCUGUCGACACCAACCUUCGCGUUAAUCUUGACGGCCAUCCAUUCUCCGUCAUUGCCACAGACUUUGUCCCUGUCAAUCCAUACACCACCAAUUAUAUCCAGAUCGGAAUCGGACAACGGUACGACGUUCUAUUCACAGCUAACCAGACUGCCGGGAACUUUUGGUUCCGUGCUGUAGCUGAUUCGCAAUGUCAAUCGCGAACGGCCCUCGAGGGCCGCGCCAUCUUCACCUACCAAGGUAAAACCGUCGCUGAUCCCACCACAACCCCUCCUGCCACCCCACCCACGGGCUGCCUUAACCCAGUUACAACACCCAAGAUCGUGAAGAACGUCCCCAGCUCCACAUUUGCCGCGCAAGCGAAAACUCUCCCCGUCGCCAUCGGCCCUGUUGCUGCUCAAGGUAAUACCGUGCUUUGGACUAUCAAUGGCACCUCUAUGGUUGUGGAUCCUGGAAACCCGACCAUCAAAUACGUGGCACAAAACAACAACAUCCCACAGUCAUACAAUGUCGUCCAGAUACCUUCAACCUCUGCAUCUGUAUGGACCUACUGGGUGAUCCAGCAGGCAGCUGGCGCGCCUCCUAUUGCCCACCCUAUCCAUCUUCACGGACACGACAGUCACAUCUUGGGCGCAGGAACCGGCCAGUUCAGCGUAGCCAACAACUUCAAUCAACUGCGCUUUACGAACCCGCCUCGUCGCGAUGUUGCCCAGCUUCAGGGUGGCGGCUGGCUCGUUAUUGCAUACCCUACCGAUAACCCAGGAGCUUGGCUUAUGCACUGUCACAUCGCUUUCCAUGUCGGCAUGGGUCUAAGCAUUCAGUUCUUAGAGCGUAAGCCCCAAAUCGCUCUCCCGGCGGCAGGCUCGGAGUGGUAUAGUACAUGUAAUAAAUGGGCGGCAUACAAGGCCGGCACUUCAGACAUCUACCCACAAGAUGAUUCGGGUCUCAAGAAGCGCUGGCCUCCUAUCCUUAACGGGGAUUCGUCCUUUGAGAUAGCGUAA